GGAUGCAAACACUUAAACACAUGUAAAUGACCUUUUCGGAAGCGCGCAGAAGCUGAGUCGGUGCAGUUUUUUCUGGACAAGAUACAAGUAUGUCUUGUCAUUUUUUAUAGAAGAGUCGUUUCUUGACUUCUUAGGCCUAUGAGACUACUAAAGGGACGAGUAAGAACUUCUUUCUUGAGCAGGAUUUUGCUACCUGCUGUCUUCACAUAUGUAGCUGUAUCGACAUCAAUUCAUAAUUCAGAAUGGUCGCGAAAAAGGGCAGUAAAGCCAAGAAGAGUAGCGAGAAGGCGCGUGAUGGCGGUAGGCGAAAGGCCAGCUUUGCUGACUACCUGGCGGACGAGGAUGGUGGAACAGAAGAAGCGAAAGUGGACGAGGAUGAGGAUGGCCUCUCACCGCCAGGCUCGAGCAAAAACCGGAAAAAAAAUGCGUCGAAAAAUAAGAGUGGAAAGGCAAAGCCUGGCUUCGAAAUCACUACACGCAAUGAUGGUUUCCGCUCGGUCGUGCUGCAUCGAGGCCCGCCUGAAGGUGCUGAUACGACCGACAGCUUUGUCGAAGAUAGUGACGAUGCGCUCAAUAUGGAUGAAGACGGAGGUGCACUACAACAAGCAGAGGCAGAAGAUUUGGAGUUUGCUGAGCUAGAAACAAUUGUCUAUGGUCGCGAAAAAACCGUAGCGCAGGUUCUCAAAAUUGACGGCGACAGUCAAAAAUGUCAAGUCCGCAAAUUUUGCCACGGUGGCCAGCUGGAUCGGCUCUUAGCGUCGCAGAAGGAGAAGGCCAGUUUCAUCAUGCAUGAAAAGGAAGUGAUUUUAUGGCUCAAGCUAUAGUCUAUUAGAGAAAAAGGGAGUUUGCGCCAACAUCUUCUACACAAACUAGAGAAGCGGGUCAAGAAACUACAACAAAGAUUCUCGUCAUGCGAAAAAUCGACAAUGGUUCAUCAAUUGUAGCAUUUUCUUCGUCUAGUUUAUAUUGUUUCAAUAUCUAAAAAAGCUUACGGAAUUCGAAGAGUGGGUUGCUUUCGACGAAAUCGUGACGAAUUGCGUGGUCUACAAUGCGGAGGAUUACUUCGCAUUAUUUCCAGGGCCUGGCGCGGCGUCUGCUGCAGCGGAUUUUAUCGGGAGUCCAGGUAAGACGAGCAUUGCUGGAUCAAGACCUGCGACACCCUCCAGUGCUGUAGCAUGUGGUGGGAGAGGCAGAGCAAGGACACCUGCGAAGAAGACACCGACACGCGGUGCGAAAGUGGUCAGGGCCGCGUCAAGCGCAAAUGGAUCCGCAUUGCGAUCCACGAAUUGGGCUGCCGCAAUUGAUACUCCGCUCAGGAAGCUGUUGGAGGAUGACGAUGAUGACGCACCACAAGAGGACGAGCUGGGUGUGCCUGAUGAACACGAGUAUUUCUGCAGGCGGGCAUACACAGAAUGUGAAGGGCGACGAGGAUUUCCAGACCUGCGGUGGGAGCCGACAGCAUGUGCUUCUAGUUUCGACACCGCAGUUUUUACGGAACAACUGCGGAAGAGGCAAGCAGAGGCCGAAGUAGACCUUCUUGGCGCGGAAGACGAAUUUAUCGUCGAUGAGAUAGAGCGCGCAGAGCUCCAAAAAAUGCCCAAAUGGUUUCGUGUCAUGAAGGAAGCAAGAGCUGCUUUGCUGCCGAGCGUGAUGCCGAAAAAUGGGACAAGCUGUCGAGACCGCGAGAAGGGCGAAAUUAAGGCGUUUCUGGAGAGAGCAACGAAAGGCGAGAGCGGCACGAACGUCAUGUUCAUUGCCGGUCUUCCGGGUACGGGUAAGACGGCGAUGGUGAACGAAAUACUCACCCAGUGGGAGGGCAAACUAGGUGCUCGUCGUGUCGUUCGAUGUAACUGCCUCAAAAUUUUUGGCACGUACUCGCUCUACAUGGACAUGUAUAUGCACCUUUCUGGCGAGGCGCGACGUCCCUUGCCAAGAAAGGCGCUGAAUCUUCUGCAGCGCCAGUUUGAAAUCUCUAUGAACAAAAUAUAACAUUGGAUAUCGCGGCGUUAUAGAUCCAACUAGCUGAUAUUUAUAUUGAGAAGUACAAGCGAGGAACCUCCUAACUAUCAGUGUGAAUCUAGGAAACUUCGAAGUUUUUGCUACACAGUUGUUCGAACUCUACCAAGGAGUACUCCUACGCAUCUGCGAGUGGUCAUAGUAUUACUCAAAAGUUUAAGUUUUUUUCUAAUGUCGUCCAGCAGCGGAAACAACCUGUAAUUCUCUUUCUGGACGAGCUGGACGCGUUGAAGCAGAAUUUGUUGUACCGAGUGCUGGAAUGGACCCUCUUUUACGACAAUUUGAUACUGUUGACGAUUUCCAACACGCUAAAUUUGCCGGAACGGCUAGCUCCCAAAGUGUGCUCACGAUUGCGACCGUCACGACUCCCGGUGGAGCCGUACACCUACCCGCAGUUGAAGGAAAUAAUCACUUCGCGUCUCGACAAACAGGUCUUCGGCGACAACACAAUUGACUUAUGUGCCGUUCGCAUCGCUGCAGAGAUGGGCGAUGUGCGCAAAGCGCUGCAGGUGUGCCGCUCGUCUUUGGAUUACCGAAUCAACGAAAACAAGCGCAUUUGUCGGGAAGAGUACAUCCGCGAGCAGCGGGCCGCAGCAGGAUCCCCCAAAGCGACCGCUGCUCAGGGAGGUCAAGACGUUGUCAUGGGAACCGAGGACGACGACGAGGACAUCGAAGUUCCAGCUCUGCCCGAAUUGUUGAGCAAGUGGCAGACGUUGCUGCAACGCUGGUGCACGAGGAACAAGAAAAAACUACCAGACGUGCUCAAGGUGUCCAUUGUGGACAUGAAUUAUGUGGAGGCCAAAACGCUGCGGUCAAACCCAAAGCUGCAAAUGAUGGAAAACCUAGCGGUGAAUCCUCGCUGGUUUCUCGCUGCGGUUGCAGCAGAAUUCGAGGGUGCGGUGCCACCAACAGAGGAAAUUACGCUCUUAGACGCGCAAGAAAAAAUGCGAUCCUGCAUCAUUCAGGCGGCAAUGUGGAAAGAGUACCACUCAUCUUCUACGUUGUUUCUUAGCAUUAAAAGCAAGACCUGGGUUGCCACGAAAUGAAAGCAACCUUUGAUUUCUGUGUAAGCUACUUACCAUCUUCGAUCUCCGUCUAUCUCCUUUAUCCAAGUUGCUAUACCAUCUGCAGAGUCUGAGUUCGAUCGUUCAAAUGGUUCACGCCUUCACAGUUUUUCGCACUCCUUGGUGAACGUGGAUAACUCUGGUGAGCUGACGUCGCGGAGCGCCACUCCCUUUCCAUACCACAAUUGCCGUAGAUAUUUGGAAAUGCUGGUUCAGGGUGGAAUCGUAGAGCAUGUAGACGGCCUAGCCACUUCCGCAGGUCUGAGAGUUGCCACGAGGAUAUGGAAUGGGAGGCCUCGACAUGCCAAAGGUGUGUACGACCUUGGUGCACUCGAUGUGAUACGGCUGGCAAGCGAUAUUGAGGUGGAUGACAUUCGCUAUGCACUAACUAGAGCAAAGUGCCCCAUUGGGAAAUAUCUCCUGAAAUUAACCUUCCCUGAGGACUGAUCCUGAGUCAGCACUUGCGCAGCCACUGACUCGAAAAUUCCCUUCAUGAGUGAUCAAUUUCAUGCUCAUCUAUUCAAAGAAAGUCGAUGAAAUCAACUGAAAAUGGCACUCGCUCUUACCUCCAA